UUCAAGAUGGUCGCCGAUGAAACUAGAGCCGAAAGGUGCGGUUCGAUAAUUCAAUUACUGAUUAAUAUCGCCAAUUGAUCCUGUAUAAUUCCCUCGAAAAACAAUCACACAAUUAUCUGCAGUCAUGACUUUUUCUCCCUCAUUUUGAUUGUCAAUAAACAGUGUAAAAUGAACACCAGGUGACAAAUGGAUUUUUCGGUAGUGAGUGCGGUGUGCAUUAAUUUGUUGAAAAAAUCAUCAUAAACGGGUUAAAAUUCAGUGAUUUAUACAAAAACUGACUGGCAACAUUAAUUUAAUUAUUACUUCAAGUCAUUUACAAUUUAUAAAAUAUGGAGAAACUUCAAGAGCAGGGCUGGUACCUGUCUGAACAAGGUUUUAAUCUUGUCAGUGACUCUGGAACUGUAAAGGAUAUUCAAAAACUGAUAAAACGUGCUCUUGAUAUGGAUCUGCGAGAGAUCGGCAGUGGCACAAAAGAUAUAAAUCUCGGAAACUUAGUUCUACAGAUUCAAAAACUUAGAAAUGUGUCAGCCCCCAAGUCUAACGAAGAGUCUCGUGGAGCUCCGCGUAUGUUAAGGCUUUACCUCACAGAUGGAAAAAAUAAUUAUCAAGCAGUCGAACUCGACCAAUUGCCCUCAAUUACCCUGAACACCCCCCCAGGAACAAAAAUCCUCCUGAAAUCCGGAGGAGCACCCACAUCUCACGGAAUAAUUCUCCUAAAACCCUUCAAUAUCUCAUCAGUACUAGGGGGAAAAGUUCCAGCAUUAAUAGAAAAAUGGGAAUUAAACCGUAAAUUAGCAGUUCACAGUAGAAUGAGAUCUGCAGAUGAGGGUGGCCCACCUCCCUGGAUUCCUUUUGGAAAAAAAAUUGUGAAAAUCACCGAGCAGGAUCGAAAUUUUAAAGCAUUAGCUGAUAAAGAUGCAGCCCCAAAAGACAACAGUGAAUUCGAGGCUCAAAGGCAAGCAGCUGUUGCUGAAGCAGCUAAACAGGGCAGCAAGAAGGUUUUCGGGGGUGGGACUAAGCAAUUGCUCGAUCACAGCGUCCAGAAAAUCGUUGAUCAGGGUUUUUCUAUUGAACAGGCUGAGCAUGCACUAAAAAUCAAUCGCAAUAAUACAGAUCGCGCAUUAAAAUCCCUCCAGAGGAAUGAAAAUAGGGGAAAUGGAAAUCGAGAGGGUCGAGAGCCUAGGGAGCCUCGGGGUAAAAGAUUCGAAAAAAAAAAUGAAGAGACUAAACCUAGCAGUGGAAAGGUCUCAUUGUUUGAUUUUUUGGAAGACAAAUUGCCUGCACAGUCUGAGACAGUUGAUGCUGUGAAUAAUCAGUCGAGUGAUGGGUACAGUUCCAGACUUGAUAAUCAUGUGGAGAGAUUCGAGGGGAGGGGGUAUGAUGGACAUUCCUCCAGGGGUGGAAGGGGCCAAAGGUCAGGUCGGGGCAGCUACCAAGCUCCUCCUCGUCACUCUGAUGACUCACGAUUCUCUAAACGUAACAACGAGAACUACAACACGAACAAUUCCCAUCAAACCCGUCCUCCUCGCUUCCAAAGAUCCCAGGAUCAGUACCACCCCCAAGAGCACAACCCUAAGCCUCCAUUUCCCAAGAACUCCUACCAAACAAACAGAAGGAAUCCCGAAUCUUCCAAUGCACCCAAGACUUUUAGAAAUCACAAUCAAUCCCAGAUUCACAACGAACCCGAAUCUUUCAAUCGUCAGACCUAUGAUUCCCAAUUCCAAUCAUCGCAUGGACGAUAUAAUCGAGGGCAUCAAGACACCGGCCAUAAGAACUACAACGCAAAUACCUCAGACAACAGAAAUAACAGAAAUCAAAAUAGAUACGAUAACAAUUCAAGGGGAAAUGAGAACAACAGGUGUGAGAAUGGCCCAUGGGUCUGGAAAAAGGGAGAUCAGUGUCUGGCUAAAUACUGGGAGGACAAUCAGUACUACAAUGCUGAAGUCACAGCUGUAUCAGCAACAACUUGUGUAGUACAAUUCAAGGACUUCAAUAAUUACGAAGAAGUUCUGCAAGUUGACUGUCUGCCCAUAACCGAGGACUUAGCCCCGAGUUUUGGGGAACACCAGAGGCAUGAGCGCCCUAACCGAUCCCAACGUCAUGACAAUUUUUCUGGAGGAGCGGAAUUUCGGAGAGGUGGUGGAGGAUCUGCUGGACCACCUGGGGGAAAAGGAUAUCGGAAGAGAGGACCUCAAAGAAGUGCCCAACCUAUCUAUCAACCCCCGGCCCAAAGAUCCACUCGUGAAAAUCCAAAGAUCUGAUGAAUUCAAUAGUAAGAAUUUAGUGAUUGAAUUUUCGCUCAAUUUUCCAACUACCUGCCGUAUCCUUCUCAAUGCUCCAGUGGGCAAACUUGUUGAGAUUAAUUUAUUAGAAUUUCAAUACGAUAGGUAGGAAUAAUUCAAUGAUCAAUUCGGUAAUGAAGCACUGUAUGUUGAUUUUCCUCUUCGGUGGGUCCUUUUCCGAAAAUCUCAACGAGGAGAAAAACUAACUUUCACUCCACUAUAAAGUAAUUCUACUGCGAAGUGGUACGGAAAAAAUUGAAUUUUCCGAUAACACCAUAUAUACAUAAUGAAAAAAAAAUGCAAUGAACAAUUUUCCUCUGCAUACCGUGAAUUUUUCACCCAUAAACACCUUAUUUCAAAAUGUUCACGAUAUUUUUAUUUUAUUAGAAUUUUUAUAAAAUAUUUUGUAGAAGCAGCAAAAGGAAAUCAUCUACAGGCAAUUGAUAGAGCCUAUGGGUAUUUUUUGCCUGGUGGUCAUUGUUCAUUAUUUAUUUACAUUCGUUUUCAUUAUUCAAUAUAAGCAAUUUUUAUUUUUUUUCCAUUUAUCUUUAAGAUAUUAAGAAAAUAAUUGUAUGGAAUUGGUAGUUAUAUCACUUGGCGGUAGAAUUCAACAUCCGGUUAUCUCUUUCAAUUUUUUAAUGAAUUAUCGAUGUUCGCAGUUGAGCGUAUGAGAAUUGUAUACCUUCGUAGCGAUGUAAUUAAUAGAUUUGUUAAGAUUAGGAUGUGAAAACAAGAUUGAAAUAAUUAAAUUGAUCAAUUCGA